AUGGCUCACCGCCCACGGCUUGAUGAUCCUGCUGUGUUGGAGGCCCUUGUCCAGCAGUAUUCAGCGCCUGCUACUCUGCUGGGCACUCUCAAGGCUGCCGGCUUUUCCACCCUGAGCUCGCUGGCCCGCCUGCUGCUUCCUUCCCAAGCACUGCCUGCGUUACCAGCAUCUGGGUCGCAACCCGCCUCAGCCACUCCGCUGCCUGCAACUUCAGCUACUAAGCUCACUGCCGCCGAGUUUGCCCAGCUCCGUGCCGAUUUCACCACCGCAUACCCAGGGGAGCUCCUGAAUCCUUCUAACACCCCCGUGGAGACCGCCCUUCGCCGCAGUCUGUCCAUCUUCGCUACCGCGUUAGCCAUGUUGAAGCUUGUGCACCUGCUGCCCGCAAAACGCUUCAUGGACAAGUUCGUGAACACAGCUCUCUCUGUGCCCCUGGAUCCCGGACUCCGCCCGCCUGCAAUGAAUGAAAUCCUGGCUGCAGACCGCUCCGUCUGGCUGGCUGUGCAUGAGUUGGUCCGUGACCACGGCUGGAGCCUGGAAGAUUCCCUUAAUGAAAUGGCCACCUGCCGCCAAGACAUUGCCUCCUUGCUGCAGCCCAGACCCAAACCGGCUAGGGCAGCUCCGGACUCCGCCCGCGCCCCUCUCCGCAACCCUCAAAAGCUGACAGACCGACGGUCUCGCUCUGCCCGCACAGACGACCGCCGCAAGCCUGCAGCUAAGGGCAAGGCCAAAGGGCGAGGUCCGGCCGCUAGGGCCUUGUGCAAGUCGCCCGCGGGGCGGCGGAUGGAGAACCAGCGUCUGGUGCCUUACACAGUGCACCGCCAGCAGUGCUUGGAGGACUUGGUUGAAGGCAGUAACGUCUUGGCAACCGAGCUGAAGCUCCUGCAACGUGCUCUCCUGGAGUUGCGCCAAGAUUUGGAAGGCCUUGCUUCCAGGGUCCGCAAGCUUGAGGCUUCCUCCGCCUCCUUCUUGUUUGCCAGGGUCAUACAUGAUAUUGCAUGGGAAGUCAAGACCGAGAGGCGCUUAGUUGCUGCCAUUCGCAAGUGGACCGCCAUCAUUUUCCGUUCUCCGGUUUCCUUUGAUGUUGGCAGACGUGCAAGUGCUGACGCCCCGCUUGGCGUGCAACUUUCUAAGGCUUUGAGACACGUGUUCGCCGGUCGUGCUGCUGAGACCUUGCACUGCCAUGCCGAUCCCCUCAUCAGGUUUGUGGCCUGGGCUGAUUCCAAGGCCAUGGUCGCAAUUCCAUUUCAUGAGGAGACGCUCUAUAUCUUCGCUUGUGAGUGUGAGACAACAUGUGCUCCUAGCUUCCUCAAGAGCUUGAUGUCGAGCUUGGCUUUUUGUUUGCAUAUCUUCGGCGUCAUGAGUGCGCAGGAUUGCUUGUCCAGCAUGAGGCUCACUGGUGUUGCCAAGACAUGUUAUCUCACAAAGAGGAAGAGGCUCCAGAGGCCUCCGCUCACCACCGAGAUGGUUUGCCGGAUGGAGCGAUUCGUUGCCUCUUCGACGGCCGACCGUGUGGACCGUUUCAUCUGCGGCUUCUUCCUUUUGUCAGUGUACUUCAGGGGAGGUACUCCGAUACGCAACAGAUGCAUGGUGUCUACGAGGUUGGGUCUUUCUGGUGAGGAUUGGUUUAGUGCCUGGGUCGGUGUUAGGGGCGAUCUUCAUGUUCCGGCAAGAGAGGGCCUUCCGGUUCUCCCAGCUAUUCUCACGACCGGGCACUGGGCUCGACAUCCACCCAGUGCCUCGGUAGCUGCUCAGUGGCUACGCAACGUCCUCCGAAAGUGCGGCUUCUCCGAAGCACAGUGCGCCCCUCUUGGGACGCACUCCUGCAAAGCCACUUGUUUGUCGUGGUGCGCGAGGUUCGGUAUCUCUGAUCGUGACCAAAGUUACCACACCGCUCCUGGCGAUAGGACCGCACAUGUUUACAGCCGUGAUGCUGUCUCAGUUUCGGUGAGAGCUCUGGAGCGUGUCCUUGCAGACAUCCGUGCUCGGCGCUUUGUGCCAGACUCGACUCGCUCUGGCUACUUCCCUCGAGACGGCGAACAGGAUGCUGGCUAUGAUGUGGAGGCUUCCGGCUCUGAGGCCUCCUUGGAUGAGGAGGACGACGAGGUCGACCGUUGCGGGCUGGAGGCAGCCCUCGACGAGGUCGUCGAUGAAUGGUCUGAGCCCUCAGACGCCCCGACCGUUUCUGCUGAGAAGCUUGUCAGGAAGAUGUGCUCUGGCCCCUUUCCUAUGAUAUUUUACACUGCAGCUCGUGUUUGCUCUCACGAUGUGAGGUGCUUUCUUCGACCGAGAUGCAGUAAGGCUCGAGUUGCAAGCAUGAGCAUCACCGAGAGCGCUGCCAACUUUAGUGCACGGGCCUCGAAGCUGGGGCUCGCUGCUGAUGCUCUGCAGCUCCUUGUGGCUGGAGGCGUAAACACUCUUGCCAAGUUUGCGUACGUUUCCAGUUUCAUUCCGGGCCAAGCGGAUGAGACGCCAUUUGUGCUGGCCUUGAAGGAUCUUUUCAAGCGGGAUCCCACAGUCCCUGAGCUCGCUGUGCUUCGGAGGCUCCACUCAGAGUCUUAUGCCUUGGUGGCGGCAGAGCUCAAGUCACAGGUUGAGCGCACAAGCGAUGCACCUGCCCGGUGUCUUGCUGCCCCUGAUAGGGCGGACCGUCUUGCUCGUCAGGUUGCCAAGUACCCGGGACUUUCAAUCUCUGGGCCCAACGAGCCGUCUGACAGAUCCGUAGACAGAUGCUGCCAGAUGUACGAAAACAACCGGCUGACUUAUCUUCCUUUGAGCUGGGUCACCAGCAAGGAUGACGAGGUUCGCAACUCCAAGGAUAAAGAAGACCGAAUGCUUUCUGUGGACGGCUCGGGCAACGUACAUAUCAAGAAGGCCGACGUCAAAGAGGAGGCUGAUCUUAGCACGGAUCUUUUGCUUCGCUUCGCUCUUACGCGGCGCGGCCUCGCGCUCGAGCAGGCCGGAAUCCUUGAUUUCAAAGAGCAUGAGAAAUGGUCGGAGCGUCUUCUGCAUGCCCGCUACCGCGACGUGCCCACAGGGUAUGCCCGCAUCAGUGUCCAGCAGCUACUUCAGGCCGAUAAGCAGUUGUUCGUCACGGCUGCCCAGGAGUGCCGCUCGGGAAUCCAAACCACUGCCGCCGGCAGGCCUCUCGAUGGGGUUUGGAUGGUAUGUGCCGAUAAGUCUGAGGUGGCCCACCUGCUUGCUCCUCUAGCCCAGCCGCCUCCGAAGGCGCCUCGGCUUGAACGACCAGGACCAUAUGCUGGCGCCGGUCGUGGGCGUGGCAAGGGCAAAGGCAAGGGCAAGGGCAAGUUUCACAUGCCCGAGGAUCUGAAAGAUGGACAGCCCAACACGCCCAAGGGGGUGCCAGUCUGUUUCGAUGCGCAGCGUGGCAAGUGCACCCGUCCUCUUGCGGGGAACAAGUGUGUGCGUGGGGCGCACAUCUGCUGUGUUUGCUUCCAGCCGGGGCAUUUUUACCCAGCGUGCCCCAAACGCAAGGAUGCCGCCGAAGGCCUGCCUCCUCUUCAUACUGCCCUUCCUCCCUCUGCGGGCUCCGUCUCUGCUACAGAUGUUGAAGCCCGUUCCGGGGAGCUGCUGGAUGCUGACUGUUGGUUACAAGGUUCCGAUCUCAGUGCCUUGUAUCAUCUCCUUCCCAAGGAGUCUCCCGUGCGUGGUGACCCUGGUUUGGGGUCCUCUUUUUCGACUGGAGCGUUCGCCCGGAUCAAAGUUGGCCUUCGGACGAAUGUUCGGCACUAUCCCAGGUUCACUCGUCUUGCCGCCCGGUAUGUUCGGCAGCAGCUGCCCGAGCAUCCCUUUACAAGCUUGGCAGUGUUCAGUGACGUUGCCACGACACCUCAUCUUGACGCUAGGAACUCUGCAGUUCCUAAUGCUGUUCUUGCCCUGUCUUCCUUUACCGGAGGUGCUGUCUGGGUGGCCAAGGAUGGGGGGCCCGACACAUUUCUUGUUCAGGGCGAGUUGCGUGACGGACUCGAUCUCGAUUUGACAGGACAUCACGCUGUGUUCUCUGCCAAGCGGCUUGUGCAUGCCACGCGUCCUUGGUCCGGACAUCGUCUCGUGCUCGUCGCGUUUACCGUCGAGGCUGCUCCUUUCCUGUCUGCCGCCGAUUGUGCGCUGUUGCGCGAGCUCGAGUUUCAUGUGCCUUCAGCGGCUCAGUUGGCCGAUGCCGCCGCUGCUGAGUUUGUGUGUGAUGCCCAGCUUUCCCGGUGCUUCGCUGAGGUCUGCAACCUGAGUUUGAGCGCUCCCGCAACGUGGGAUUUUCUACAUUCUGUUCUUCUUCAGCAUCCGGUUGUCUUCGUUUUUGUUUCGCUGCCGUUCGGCACUUGUGGCCGCGAUUUCCGCGACGCUGCACAUUUGGCCGGCUUACCCGGCCUGUCCCCCGAGGCCCAACAGAAACUUGAGUCGGCCGAUUUUGUGUAUCGUGCAGUGACGCGCCUUUUGCUCCAGGUGCACGACAUGGGCAUCAUGUGGGCGGCUGAGGCCCCCUCUGCGUCUUUGGUGUGGCGCCUACCUUCCUUGCAGCCCUUGGUGGCUCUCGGAGCUCGGGUGUCCUUUGAUGCCUGUUGCUAUGGGGGUCUUGUUCGCACUUCCAAGAGCAUCCUUACCACUGUCCCCACGUUCCUGAACUUGGCUCAGCGUUGCCCUCACGAGAGCCAUCCCAAGGCCGCUGCGGGUGCCGCUCACCCGCGCCCUUUGUGUGUGCAGCUGGUGCACCUGCUUUGCAGUUCCUUGGACAUCCCUCUUCCUGCGUUGGAUCAGUCUCAGCCGCCUCCUGCCCAGGUUGCGGUUGGCCGUCAGCCCCGCGGGCGCCAGUGGUUCCUGAGUUUGCGCGUGUUGUCUCCUACACGGUUCCCGCUCUACCGGCCACUGACCACAAGCGCCGGCUGCUGCGUGCGGUGCUUGAUGCCCCUGCGGGACCUGGAGUCGCCUACUUUCCGCAUUCUUGUGGGCGUUUAUCACUCCAAGCAGGAGUUCUGCCGCCUGGCUUUGUCGGCUCCUCACCCGUUUGACUCCAUGGAUAUCAUUCCCGACAUCCUGAAGACGAGGCUCUUUGAAGCAGCUGAGCGGGGGCCUGACUGGGUGCAGCUGCGGCGCACCGCUGUACUCAAAGAGUGGUUGAGCCUCGCCGCUUCGUUGGAGGAUGAAGAGCGCAGACUUCAGAAGUCCUUGGAUCCUGGGGUUAAAGGUGUACUUAAGGGCAAACGCACAUUACUACUCGAGGCCUUGGCGGCCCGAGUCGGCUGGCCUGACCAAGGGGUUUUUGAGUCGCUUCGUUCGGGGUUUGAGCUUGUUGGCAGCUUAGAGCACACGGGGGUCUUCGCCAAGGAUCUCCGUCCAGGCUCUGAUUCUGUGGGGUCUUUCGUCGACUCUUUCAAGUUCCUCAAGCCAGCACUCUUGGGCAAAGUUGCUUCUUCGAGGUGUGGCGCUCUGGAGAGAGAGGUAUGGGACAAGACUCUUGAGGAAGUUCAGGAGGGCUUCCUCUCCGGCCCUUUUCGUGAGGAGGAGGUUGACUCCAUGCUAGGGCCCGCGUGGGUCCCGGUGCGCCGUUUUGGGGCUGAGCAGAGCUCCGCCGGCAAGAGGAAGGUUCGUCCUGUUGAUGACUACAGUGAGAAUCGUGUGAACUCUGCAUUCUCCUACUGCGAUCGCAUUGACCUUCGGGCCUUGGAUGAGCUUGUGGCAUCUUGCAGGCUCUGGACGAGGUUCAUGCUUGGGGGUGGUCCCCUCGAGGUUGCCCUUUCUGAUGGCACUAUUUUGAGAGGCCGUCUCCAUCCCGGCUGGUCCUCGUCUCGGGCGUGGCAGCCCUUGGUGGCGACUCUUGAUCUGCGUUCCGCAUACAAGCAGGUCCCCCUUGCCCCAUCCAACCGGGCGUUCUCAGUCGUCUCCUUGAAGGACCCCGAGUCCUCGCUGGUUUCGUUGUUCGUGGGACGGUCGCUCCCUUUCGGCAGUACCUCCAGCGUAAUCAAUUUCAACCGCCUUUCUCGGCUUCUUUGCCGUUUGGGGAAUGAGCUUUUCCUUUUCUGGUCCAACUAUUACGACGACUAUCCCGUGGUCACCCCGGCUGCCCUAGCCGAUUCUACCCGGGACACUAUGCUCACCUUCAUGCGCCUUGUUAAGUUUGACACAGCUGAGGAGAAGCUCAACCCUUUCAGCCCCUCGGCCUCUGUGCUGGGCAUUGAGAUUGACUGUUCGGAGCGUCGCGCCCUGUACGAGUUCCGUGUUCCGUGGUUCUUCGCGUGCGAGGUGCCCGCUACCCUGGCGGAGCGCUGGCAGUCCGACAUGAUGCACAUCAUAGGGCCCGUUGAGACCUAUGCAGUUGCUGUUGCCCGUUGCGUUUGGGAUUUCGCUUUAAGGGGUUGCCGGUGUGUCUACUACAUCGACAACUACGGCGCACUUGACGCUUUUAUCAAGGGAUUUUCGAGCAAUGCCUACAUGUCCGACAUUCUGCUGUCAUUUGAACAGCGUGAGCUCUCCGGCCCGUCAUGGCCGUGGUUCACCCGUGUGCCUUCCGAGAGUAACUGUGCGGACGACCCUUCGCGUGCGCAGUUCUCCCAUCUUGUUCGUCUUGGGGUCCUUAGGGAUAAGGGUUCGUGCCCCGUGCUUGGCUGCGAGCUGGGCGACCUUUCGCCAGCCUUGUCAAAAGUGGGGGAGGCGCUCAGUUCGCCCCCGUCACAAAAAGAGAUGCUUGAGUUUGGUCCCUAA